CUGGCUGUCAAACGUAGUUAGGACAGCUCUUAUCUAUUUUACAUUAAUUUUAAUAUUUAAUUGUAUUUUUCAAGUGUAAAACAUUGUAAAUCAAUACAUUAAAACUUAGUUUAGUGAAAUUACCACAAAAAUCAAGCAUUCAACCCAUAACUGCAACGAAAUAAUGAAGGAAAAAUUUACCGGCCAGUGACAUGACAUGACGAUUUUGAAAAAUCGUCAAUACAACAAUUAAUUAAAACAGGGGAGUAUUGUUUUCAUAAUCUUUAUUUAGAAUUAAGUUAAGUGUUAAUUAGGACUAUAUUUCUAAUACUGAGCCUAGUGUCUCAAAUAAUAAAAUAUCUAGUAAUUGAGCCUAACCUCAACUUGUAAACAAAGUUUAUACUGCAUAAAUUCAUAGGUCCUUUUUAGUUUUUCAGUUGUUUAAUAAUAUUAUAUCUGACACACCUCUAAUUCGAGGAAAUCAUUGCAUAUAACGGUGUUCAUAAUUAAAUUUUACUUGAAAUUGAACAAGAGCAAAGUGAUAUUGAAACCAACUGUUACAACAGUUUAACACCUUUAUAACUUUAUUACUUUUACCUUUUACAUAUGGCUAUUAUAAAACUUUGCCUGUAAUUUGUUCUAUCCCAGGGAAAUCAUAACACGCAUUAUUGAAAUUUAAAUUAGAUAACUAAUUACCCUCAAACUAAAAUAAUUUAGUAAUUGAUUCAAAAUCUUCAUAUUUUAUGAUUAUCAAACUAGAAAUAUUUUUAAUAAUAAUAUUUAAAAGAAACACAGUCAAAUUCUUGACUAAUUAAUAUAGCCCUGGUAGAUUAGAUUAUUUCAAAACUAAGUUAUAUUUUAUAACUUGUAUUGUACACCCUUCUUUGAUAAUUUUCAGCGGAGGUCAAUUUCACAUCAUGCUUACCCGCAAGGCAGCCGCACAAAAUACAGAAUUAAAACUCAAGAGGGCACUCGAAGAACUAAAAUCGAGUCAAGAAACCUGUAAUCAGCUUAUCAGGGAGAGAGAGGAGAGUGAAGAAGAUAUCCAGAGUAUUAUAAACAAAAACACUCAUCUCAAGAAAGAUUUGGCUGAAUUGCACACUCGCUACCAGGAAGUCUCCGAGCACCGGGAUAGCCUGCUACACACCAUCAGCACAUUUGACCAGUGCAGUAAUGUCUACGAGCAGGCCCUGACUCGCAAUCAUGAAUUGGAGGCAGAGCUGCGGGAUGCCAACAAGACCAUUAUGCACCUCGAAGAUGACAAAAAACAACAGGAGUUCGCUCACACACUUAGUUUGUACGAUGAACUGAUUGCGAGCCCCGGAGGUCACGAAGCGGCCUCAGACAUGAACUUGUCCUGUAAAACUGGCCAUCUUGGGACUAGAGACCAGAGAUUUGAAUUUUCAAGCAAGAACAAGUUAAAAAAAUAUAUCAAAAUCAAUAGGUAUAUUACAAAAACUAAAAAAUUAAUAAAGAAGCAAGCAGUCUUUUAUAAAAAUAUCUCACUGAGGAAAAAACGCUUAGAUUUAAUUGAUUCUUUAGAAAUUUAUCAUGAUAAAUUAGUGGAAGGUAGGUCAAAUCAUGCCUCUGACGUUGAGCGGCUGGAGGCUGAUAUUGGUGAUUUACAUAAGUCUUUAGAACUUCUAUCUUCUAAAUACCACUCUGCCCAGGAACAAAUCAAAGAACACAUCCUGGCUGCAUAUAAUCUUUUGCAAUUAAGCCAUCAAUGUCAAAACCAUCAAGAAAUGUUGUUAUACUAUCAGACAGUCUAG